AUGGUCGGAGCACACACGGCAUGCUACGGCACUGCUACCAGUACUACCAUAUUCCCUCCUCUCCUCUGCUGCUCCCGUUCUUCCAGGCGGCGGCGGCAGCUUUGGAUCAGUUUCCACGGCCACCCACCCACCCACCCACCCACCUCCACCGGCCCGUUCCUGCUCCGGCGAGCUCGUCGACACCUGGAGCAAACACAUUCUUAUCCCGGGCAUCAUCUGGCCAUGUUUGCGCAGUUCGUGCGUCGAUUUGCUUCCCUUUUCGGGGCUGUUACUAGAACAGGUGAUAGAGCCAGGAUUCUGCCAGCACAAAUGACGAUCUGUAGCUGCGAGGAGACCAUCAAUGAGUUCGAGAUGUUGACGCGCGAUGCUGGGCGCGUGCAGCAGGAUACGCUGAAAAGGAUCCUUGAGGCGAAUGCCGAUGCUGAAUAUCUGAGGCAGUUUGGCCUCGACGGGAGGACUGAUGCCCAGAGCUACAAAUCUUGCAUCCCGCUGUGCGUGCACAGCGACGUUGAACCUUUCAUCCAGAGGGUUGUUGAUGGUGAUAGCGCACCAGUGCUCACCGGGAAGCCCAUCACCUCCCUCUCCCUCAGUUCUGGUACGACGCAGGGGAAGCCUAAGUUCCUGCCAUUUAAUGAUGAAUUGCUUGAGAACACACUUCAAAUAUUCCGUACUUCAUACGCAUUCAGAAACCGUGAAUACCCUAUCGGCGAAGGAAAGGCCUUGCAAUUUGUUUAUGGUAGCAAGCAAUCCUUGACGCCUGGUGGCAUCCUUGCUACAACUGCAACAACAAACCUGUACCGGAGUCAGCGCUACAAGGAAGGGAUGAAGGAUAUCCAGUCUCAGGGCUGCAGCCCCGACGAAGUCAUCUUUGGCCCUGACUUCAACCAAUCCUUGUACUGUCACUUGCUCUGUGGGUUGAUAUAUUCGGACGAGGUCCAUUUUGUGUUCUCGACGUUUGCUCACAGCCUAGUGCAUGCAUUUCAAACAUUGGAGGAGAUCUGGGAAGACCUCUGUGCUGAUAUAAGAGACGGUGUUCUUUCAGAAAGAAUCACAGUACCAUCAAUUCGCGGGGCUGUUUCAAAGAUUCUGAAGCCCAACCCCGAGCUUGCUGACUCGAUCCACAACAAGUGUGCGGGCUUGAGCAACUGGUAUGGUGUGAUCCCGGCACUGUGGCCCAAGGCAAAGUACGUGUAUGGCAUCAUGACAGGGUCCAUGGAGCCGUAUCUGAAGAAGCUGCGGCAUUAUGCUGGGCAUUUGCCGCUGAUCGGUGCUGACUACGGCGCGUCCGAAGGAUGGGUUGGCUCUAACAUCGACCCCACGGUACCGCCUGAGCAGGUGACGUAUGCUGUUCUGCCGCAGACUGGUUAUUUUGAGUUCAUUCCUUUGGAGAAGCCAACAGGGGAGGAGACGGAGAACAGUGCAGCUAUUCAUUACAUCGAGUCCGAGCCGGUUGGCUUAACUGAAGUUGAGGUUGGCAAAAUCUAUGAAGUUGUGCUCACUACCUUUGCAGGCCUAUAUCGCUACAGACUAGGAGACGUGGUGAAGAUAGCGCGCUUCCACAACUCGACGCCGGAGCUCCAGUUCAUCUGCCGCAGGAGCCUGGUGCUGAGCAUCAACAUCGACAAGAACACCGAGAAGGACCUGCAGCUGGCCGUCGAGGAGGCGGCGAAGCUUCUGGAAGGGGAGAAGCUGGAGAUCGUGGACUUCACGAGCUACGUGGAGAAGUCGAGCGACCCGGGCCGGUACGUGAUCUUCUGGGAGCUGAGCUCUGAGGCCACAGACGAUGUUCUGAGCGGGUGCGCCAACGCGCUGGACCUGGCAUUCCUCGACGCGGGCUACAUGGGGUCGAGGAAGAUCAAGACCAUUGGCCCGCUCGAGCUCCGGGUCCUGAGGAAGGGCACAUUCAGGGAGAUCCUACUCCAUUUCCUGACCCUAGGAGGCGCGGUGAGCCAGUUCAAGACGCCCCGGUUCGUGAGCCCGGGCAACGGCAAGGUGCUGCAGAUCCUGAACCGGAACGUGACCAAGAGCUACUUCAGCACCGCGUAUGGGCUAUGA